GUGAGGCAGGGUAUGGGAGUGAUGUUCGCAGUUGAUAAUCUUAGACGUAUUAAUAUUUUGCAUCACACAUUCGAAACGAUUAGUAGUGAAGUCCAACUUUUGACAGCUGUCAGUUGCAUGUGUGUUAGGUUCAGGGUGGAUAAUCUGUUGGACGAUACCUAACUCGAGAUCAUCUUCACACGUCUGAUAUCAGGUGGGAGAGGAAGGAAAUGUAAAAUACACGGCACGUUGAAUCAUGAAUUUUCACCUGAUUCAUAACUGACUUAUCGAGAUCUGAGUUGAAGCCCACACCAGUCUAGACAUUGUCAGGCAGAAAAGUUCAGAAUUUCAUACCGAGCUCAUUGGCAUAAGUUGUUUCUAAGCCUUUCGAUUCCAAGAUGUCGAAUAACAAACGCUCCCAGCCUUUGUGGAAUCCACCAGAUUGUAAGUCUCGGUCAACUUUGAAGCUCUACAAUAGUCUGACUCGGCAGAAAGAGGAAUUCAUACCCCAAUGUGGAAACAGAGUCUAUUGGUACAGUUGCGGUCCAACAGUCUAUGACGCCUCACACAUGGGCCAUGCCAGGUCUUACAUAUCGUUUGAUAUAUUGCGUCGUGUACUCUCAGAUUACUUUGGCUAUGAUGUCUUGUAUGUGAUGAAUAUUACUGAUAUCGAUGAUAAAAUAAUAAAGAGAGCCAGACAGAACCAUUUGUAUGAAGAAUACCUCAGGGAAAAUCAUAAUCUUGACAAAGUACUAGAUGAUGCAAAGAAUGUCAUGGCAGCAUAUGAAGAUACAGUUAGGUCUACAACCGACCCAGAUAAAAAGAAUAUGGUGCAAGGAAUGCUGAGUAAAAUCACAGCAGCUGUAGUUAAUCUUGAAAAAGCCGUUGAAGAAAAUGACCAAAUGAAACUGAAAGAAUCUCAGAAUGCUUUGUUGAGAGAAGCACGGGAUCCUCUGGCAGAAUGGCUAGACAGACAAAAAGGGUCUACAGUUACUGAGAAUUCAAUAUUUAGUAAACUGCCGCAAUAUUGGGAAAUGGAGUAUCACAAGGACAUGGAUGCUCUGAAUGUAUUACGGCCGAACGUAUUAACAAGGGUUAGUGAAUACAUCCCUGAAAUUAUAGACUAUAUAAAAAAAAUAAUUAUCAAUAAUCUGGCAUAUGAGAGUAAUGGCUCUGUUUAUUUUGACGUUGGUGGUUUUGAUAAACGAGACAAACAUCAUUAUGCUAAGCUUGUUCCUGAAGCCUAUGGAGAUGCCAGUAGCUUGGAAGAAGGCGAAGGAGACUUGUGUGUUUCUGAAGAUCGUCUUUCUGAAAAACGAUCACCAACCGACUUUGCUUUAUGGAAAUGCUCAAAAGCUGGUGAGCCCUGGUGGGAUAGCCCAUGGGGCAAAGGUCGACCUGGUUGGCAUAUAGAAUGCUCGGUUAUGGCUUCUGCAAUAUGUGGUGAAAGCUUAGACAUUCAUACCGGUGGCAUCGACCUGAAAUUUCCACACCAUGAUAAUGAAUUAGCUCAGGCCGAGGCAUAUUUCGAUAAUUCAAACUGGGUCAGAUACUUCUUGCAUUCUGGUCACCUGACGAUAGCUGGGUGCAAAAUGUCAAAGUCUCUCAAAAAUUUUGUUACCAUCCAAGAGGCCUUGAAGAAAUAUUCGGCAAGGCAGCUCAGACUGGCAUUCCUUCUGCAUUCCUGGAAGGAUACUCUAGAUUAUAGUGACAAUACCAUGGAUAUGGCCAUUCAGUACGAAAAGUUUUUAAACGAAUUCUUCCUUAAUGUCAAGAAUAAGAUUAGACAAAUGAGCAAUAACACAACUUUGAAUACUUUUAGUAAGUGGAACAAGGCUGAAUUAGAACUUCACAAUAAAUUUUGUGCCACAAAAGAUUUUGUUCACGCUGCUCUAUGUGACAAUAUUGAUACAAGAUCUACAUUGGAUGCUCUGAGAGAGAUUGUUGCAUACAGUAAUAUCUAUUUGAGAGACACAAAACUUACAAACAAUUUACUGCUUCGUGAUAUCGCUAUUUACAUCACAAAAAUACUCGCCAUAUUCGGUGCUAUAUCAGCUCCUCAGGAUGCGAUUGGAUUUCCCAUUAGUUCCAGUGAUUCUAGUGAAUGUAAAAACAUGGAAGAAAAAGUGAUGCCGUAUUUAGAAAUUCUUGCAGACUUCCGGAAAAACGUAAGAUCGUAUGCCCGAACUUUAAAAGCCACUGAUAUUCUGUUAGAAUGCGACAGGCUGCGAGAUGAUGUAUUACCAAAUGUUGGGGUCAGGUUAGAAGAUCAUGAAGGCGAGUGUAGCAUUGUAAAAUUGGUAGAUAAAGAGACCUUACUCAAAGAGAGGAAGGCCAAAAGACUGUUAGAGGCUGAAAAAGCUGCAGAGAAGGAAAAAAAGAAAACAGAAGCUGCUGCUUUGCAGUCAGAAAAGGAUGCUAAAAAAAAAAUUGCACCAAGUGAACUAUUCAGGCUGGAGAAAGACAAAUAUUCUCAAUUCGAUGACAAGGGAUUGCCGACUCAUGAUAUUCAUGGGAAAGAAAUUAGUAAAGGCCAGCUGAAGAAAUUGCAUAAGCUCCAACAAGCUCAGGAAAAGAAAUAUAACGAGUACAUGACCACACUACAAAACGGCCUGUAGUCGAUUAAGGUUUUAGCACCUAGUAUAGCUGGCGGCACAAGACUUACGAGCUUCUGACUCUCAGAGAUUUUGGUAGAAAUACCAUGUUGUAUUUCUCUUGAUUAUGACAAAUACCUUCUGAUAUUGAUUAUGAUCUGUCUUCAUUUGAAGAUACCUUCCUUUAUAUUCAGUAUUGAUAUGAGUCAACUUUCAUUUGAAAUAAACAUCUACAUUCGUCUCAAGUUGGAAAAAACAAAACUAGGUAUACGUUAUUCUUUCAAAUUAUUACUUUAUUUCAUACUAUAAAAGAGCCAGAAUUUUGGACCAGCAGUUUGAUUGUUUUCAUUUUAUUUUUUUCCCCUUCUCACUGUUGGAGACAUUUGUAUUUGAAACUUCGUUUAAAUUGGAAAAAUAUUGCCGACUACGAUAUGUCUUGAAAUUAACAUGGAAAACAAGAAGUGUCAUACUUCAGUAAUGUCAACAAUUGGAUAGUAUUUAUUAGACGUAAGGACUAUUACUGACAAAUUUCGAUAAAUUAUUUAUUCUAACAAAUCAUUUGCAAUACGUUCAUGUAAUAAAAUAACAAGAAAGCUAUACAUAUAAUAUAAACGUAUAAUUAAUUUUAAUAUCACACUAAUUUGUUGCUGUUGUGGAAAAUAUUUAUACCUAAUUCUAAGUACAAUGGUGAUCCGACACAAUUGGAUAUUUUGGGAAAAUAAAUUUAUUGCUUGGAUUACUUCAAGCAAGGCUUAAAUUUUCAUAAUA